GUGACGUAACAUUACACCAGCGAUAUAUGGCACGUGGGUUCGUUGUUUUUCAAGGUUGUAUAAACUGUAGCGAUGUUACUGUUCUUUUAACAUAUUUUGCGAUUUGCUAUAAUAAUGUACAAGUUUUUAGGAGCAUCGGCAUUUCAAUUCUACACUCGAAGGUGCUUAAAACAUGUUUCAAAACAGAAGCUGUCAAGGGAACAUGAAGGAUUUUUGCUGCUCCGACGGUCAUUUGUUUCCAGCUUGAUAUCAAAGGACUGGGCAACACAUUUGGGCACAAAACAGAGGUGCAGCUCACCCAGAAGUCUGAGAUGUUACAGCACUCAAAAAGGAGCUGGGGAACCAGCAUCAAAUCCACGUCAGGAGUGCUACACUUUAGUGGAGCCACAGAAACAAGAACAAUUUGUGUUCCCGGACUUUGAUGAACCAGUGGACAGUAAAGAGGAUGAACUGCCAGAUCAUCUUCUUUUGCAUGAUCUCGCAAAUAAUGCAGAAGCAAAGCCAGUGCAUGACAAGCAUGGCAAUUACAUGCACCUUAGAGGGCUGGGAAUGCAAAUGAAACAUUUAAAGAGCUCUGCAAAGUCUGAAGUGGAGGAAAACUCAUUGAUUGAGUUCCACGAUGAAGGAUUCCCACUGGACAGACGCACCAAAUCAAAGAAGAUUAAAAAGCAACAAAAGAUCUAUGGCACUCCUGAUGUGGACAUGGAGGUCGGUGACACCUGUUGCUCCGGCUGCGGGGCCCUCAUGCACUGUACGGACCCUGAAAUCCCAGGUUACCUGCCAAGUGAGAAAUUCAAAGCAUUAGUUGAAGAGGACCAGCUGAAGAAGGCAAUAUGUCAGAGAUGCUUUUUAAUCAAUCACCACCAGAAAGCUUUGAACGUCACCAUGUCCAAAGAGGAGUACAGAGAGAUUGUCAAGAGAAUUAAAUCAGAGAAGGCUUUGGUGCUGCUGAUUGUGGAUCUUUUAGAUCUCCCGGACUCUAUCAUCCCAGACCUUCCAGAGCUUGUUGGGAAGAAUAAGCACAUUGUGAUUUUAGGAAAUAAAAUAGACUUGUUACCUAAAGAUGCUGAGAAUUACUUGCAGCGUACCAAACGUCAGCUGAAGGCAUACUGUGAAAGCAUGGGCAUUUCUACCAUUGAUAACAAAGACAUCCACCUAAUCAGUGCCAAAACAGGAUAUGGUAUAGAAAACCUUAUAACGAGACUGCAGUUGACCUGGAAGUACAAGGGAGAUGUGUAUUUGGUCGGGACGGCCAAUGCUGGCAAAUCCACGCUGUUUAAUACUCUACUGGAAUCUGAUUAUUGCAAAUCCAGAGCCUCAGAUGUGAUUCAUAAAGCUACUAUAUCUCCAUGGCCUGGAACAACAUUAAAUCUGCUGAAGUUUCCCAUCAUCAACCCGACCCCCUACCGGAUGUUCAGGCGGGCAGAGAGACUGAAGCAGGCAUCUCAUUUGACAGAGGAUGACAUGAAUCCUGAAGAGCUGAAGAGAAUCAUACAGUUCAGCAAGCAGGGAUACUUGGUUGGUCACAUUGGGAGGACAUUCCUAGCAAAUCAGCCACCCAAGAAAACUCUUGUGGAAUUUGAUCCUGAUAGUCUGAGCUUUGGAGAAGACCUGGAGGAAAAUGUUAAAAAGGAUCCAUCCUUGGACUCGUCCACAGAUGCAGAGCUCAGCUACAAUGAAAUCAAAGAUGCACACUGGUUCUAUGACACCCCAGGCAUCAUGAAAGAACAUGACGUUCUCAGCCUGUUGAAUGAGCAGGAAGUGAAACUGGUGGUUCCUACACAGGCCAUUAUUCCAAGAACGUUUGUAAUGAAGCCCGGUAUGGCUUUAUUUUUGGGGGCUUUGGCGCGCAUUGAUUAUUUGGAGGGGAAAAACUCUUGCUGGUUAACAGUUGUUGCUUCAAAUCGCAUCCCGGUUCAUAUCACCAGUUUGGACAAGGCUGAUGCAAUCUACCAGAAACAUGCUGGGAAUACCCUUCUUGCAGUCCCAUCUGGUGGUGAGGAGCGCAUGAAAACUUUUCCACCACUUGUUGCUCAAGACUUUGAACUCCAGGGGCAGGGCUGUAACACCGCAGUCACUGACAUCAAGAUCUCAUCCGCAGGCUGGGUUGCUGUGACAGCAGCCAAAGGAGAUCAGCUGUUGUUGAGGACGCGCGCCCCUGAAGCAGCAGGACUAUGUUUGCGCACCCCACCUUUACUGCCCCACGUCGUGAAUCUGAAAGGACAGAGGAUCAACAAAACUCCCGCCUACAAGACGAGAAAGCCACAGGCACUGCUAGACACCGGUCUGUCUGUGAAAGCUGCUGAGAGACUCAAAUUAAGAAGGAAAAAUUGACUUCUUCAAAAUAUUGUUCUGAUUGAACUAAAUGUACUGCUUGUAUGCUACAAGUACAGUUGCUAAUAAUGUAUUGUUUUUUUAUACUAAAAUGUCUAAAUGAUUGUGAAUUUACCUGAUAAUUAAAUGGCUUUCAAAUAAAAGAACAACAUUUAUUUUUAUUGAAACAUCUAGACCUAAACAUACAGGUCACAUAGUAAACAGUUUUUCAGAUAAUUCACAAAAAACCAUAUCAAGGGGACAUUAUUAUAACAUUUCAACUGAUAGAAUUUGACUACUUCUACUAGGAAAUGGAAACAACAGUCACACACUUGAUUACAAAGAUGGAUAUAUGGCACAAUCCGAGUUGUGAAUUGGCAACAUGCUAUUCUAAAGAAAAACAAAAAAGAAAAUAAAGUCAUAAAGGACAAAUUUACAGUGAUAAAGUAUCCAAUCGUCUAAGAGCGCAGUUUUUCAGGUGCAGUGGAGUACCUGUGGAUAGUACAUUUUCUAGUUUUCCAUCUGAGGCCUGUGGUUUUGCUCCUACAAACUUUACCAACUACAUCUUGCUUUGGUAAUAAAACCCAAAAAUUCAAUAUUGCACUUAAUGCACUAAAGGCAAAUUAUUUCUAUAACUUUUCUCUUACAGUAUUUUUUUCUUCCUUUGUAGACAGAAUAACAUGGCAAAUUUACUGAUAUACAAGGGUUGUAUAUCAACACAUUCACACUCAAAAAGGUCAGUUAAAUAUGAUUAGAUAAACUUUGGAUAAACAGAUUUUCAAUGCAUAUUACCAAUCUGAUGUGUAAGGGAAUGUUGCUUGGGUAAAAUACACAGAAAAGACAAGCCAUUCUUUCAUUUGAAGGUAAAUGAGAUCUAAAUAUCUGAGAUAUUGAUUAAAAUGCUUAAAUUGAUUGUCUGAGGCACUGAAGAGCAAAUAAGAAAGAAAAAUAUGUACAGUUUAUAUACAGACAAAAGCAACAAAAUCUUUGGACUGAGCAUGAAAUUGAAGUAUUACCAGAAAAAGGACACAGAAAAUAAUCUACAAACUCAAGAAGUGAGAGUUACAAUGC